AUUGGAUUCAGGUGUUUCAAUCAACUCCAUGGCCACAGGUGUAUAUAAUCAAGCACCUAGGCAUGCAGACUGCUUCUACCAACAUUUGUGAACGAAUGGGUCGCUCUCAGGAGCUCAGUGAAUUCAAGCAUGGUACCGUGACAGGUUGCCACCUGUGCAAUAAUUCCAUCUGUGAAAUUUCCUUGCUACUAAAUAUUCCACGGUCAACUGUUAGUGGUAAUGUAACAAAGUAGAAGCAACUGGGAACAACAGCAACUCAGCCAUGAAGUGGUAGGCCACGUAAUAUGACAGAGCAGGGUCAGCACAUUCUGAAGCGCACAGUGCGCAGAAGUCACCAACUGUCUGCAGAAUCAAUAGCUAAAGAUCUCCAAACUUUGUGUGGGCUUCAGAUUAGCACAACAGUGCAUAGAGAGCUUCAUGGAAUGGGUUUCCAUGGCCAAGCAGCUGCAUCCAGGUCUUACAUCACCAAGUGCAAUGCAAAGUGUCAGAUGCAAUGGUGUAAAGAACAAUGCCACUAG